CCUGGGAUCCUGUCAGUGUAAUCCCGGCUACACUGGACCAGAUUGUACACAAAUGGAGUGCCCAGAGCUGUGCAGCGGGCAGGGGGAGUACGUAGAAGGAAGGUGCGUGUGUCUGCCAGGCUGGAAGGGGCCGGAGUGCAACCUGCGCUACGACGAGUGCGAGGUGCCGGACUGUAGCGGCAACGGCCACUGCGUCGACGGCCGCUGCAGCUGCGCUAUGGGCUUCAAGGGCGAGUUCUGUCAGGAGGUGGAGUGCCCGCAUCCUACGUGCUCGGGUCACGGGUGGUGCGUGAACGGCACGUGCAUCUGCCAGAAAGGCUGGCGUGACACUGACUGUGCCAAGAUGGACGACGCGGCGCUGCAGUGUCUGCCUGACUGUUCCAUGCAUGGCAACUUCGACCUCGAGAGUCAGGAGUGCGUCUGUGAACCUCAGUGGACGGGGUCAGAGUGCGACAAGAAAGUGUGUGGUCUGGACUGCGGUCUGCACGGGCGCUGUGAAGGGUCGCAGUGUCUCUGCAGCGACGGAUGGACGGGCGACAAGUGCGACCUGCGCACUUGCGACGCCAGAUGUGAAGAGCACGGCCAGUGCAAGAACGGGACGUGCGUGUGCAUGACGGGCUGGAACGGGCGACACUGCACGUUGUCGGGCUGCCCGUCCGCAUGCUCCGGCCACGGCACGUGUGUCCUCAAGGAUGAGGAGUGGCACUGCGUGUGCCAUCAGCUCUACGAGGGUCUCGACUGUGCCACGAGACUUGAGAGCGAGUGUCAGGACGGUCAGGACAACGAUCAAGACGGUCUAACGGACUGCGAGGACUCCGAGUGUUGCACCGUCUCCCCCUGCGACCGCUCGAACCACUGCUACAGCUCCCACGACCCCAUCGACAUCCUCCUGAGGAAGCAGCCUCCUGCUGUCACCGCAUCCUUCUUCCAGAAGAUGAGGUUCAUCGUCGAGGAAGGAUCCCUGCAGACCUACGCAAAGCAGGCUGCCUUCAACCAGAGCUCGCCUAAGAGACAAGUCAAUGAGAGCCGAGCAUCGGUGGUGCGUGGUCGCGUUAUCAGUGGCCAGGGCUCAGGGUUGCUGGGGGUGCGGGUGUCCAUGUUCCGCCCCAACGACACGGGGUUCACCCUCACCCGCCACGGGGGGCGCUUCGACCUCAUGGUCAACGGCGGGGGCGCCGUGAAGCUGGUCUUUGGCAAGCCUCCCUUCAGACCAUACGUCAAGACCGUGCGAGUGCCGUGGAAUGAGGUCGUGGUUAUCGACACGAUUGUAAUGACGACGACCAGUAUCGUGCCACCUCCCCCCGCAACGCCGUGCCUGGACCACGACUACGACAAGCUCAAGCCUGUCGUGCUGGCCACCUGGAAACACGGCUUCCAGGGCGGCUGUCCUGAGCGCUCGGCCAUCCUCGCUGAGUCUCAGGUCAUCCAAGAAUCCCUGCCCAUCCCUGGCUCGGGGCUACACCUUGUCUACCAUUCCUCCAGGUCUAUUGGAUACGAAUCUACGAUCCAGCUCCAGCUGACUCCGGACAAGAUUCCGGCGACUCUGCGCCUGAUUCACUUGCGCAUCACCAUCGAGGGGAUCUUAUUCGAGAAGACCUUCGAGGCGGACGCCGACAUCAAGUUUACUUAUGCCUGGGACAGACUCAAUGUUUAUCGACAGCGCGUGUACGGCGUGACGUGGGCGGUGGUGCGCGUGGGCUACGCGUACAGCAACUGUGACCGCGUGAUCUGGGAGGCACAGACCACGCAGGUCUCUGGCCACGAGAUGAGCAUCUCUGACAUCGGAGGCUGGGACUUGUCCAUCCACCACCGCUACAACUUCCAUGAGGGCAUACUGCAGAAGGGCGACGGGCGCAACAUUUACCUCAAGCAGCGGCCUCGUGUGUUGCGAACGCUCAUGGGCGAUGGACGACAGCGGGAAGUUAACUGCAAAAACUGCGACGACGAUGCCAUUAACCAACGUCUGCUGACGCCAGCAGAUCUGACGGCAGCUCCUGACGGAUCUCUAUACGUGGCUGAUUUCAACCUGAUCAGGCGCAUCCUGCCUGACAACACCGUCCGCACUGUUGUAAAACUUAACGAGACGCGAGUCUCGUACCGCUACCACUUGGCUGUAAGUCCCACGUCUGGCACGGUUUACAUCAGUGACCCUGAAGCCCACCAGAUCUUGAAGGUUAAGAAUCCCGACGAUUUCUCGAACCCAGAGAACAACUACAUGCCUUUCGUUGGUUCCGGAAAGCGGUGCCUACCUGGAGAUGACAUCGGCUGCGGAGAUGGAGGUCGCGCAAGAGAUGCAAAAUUACAAUAUCCUAAAGGAAUGGCUGUGUCCUCAGAGGAGGUCGUAUAUUUUGCUGAUGGUACCAACGUCAGAGCCGUGGACAGCGAUGGAAUCAUCAGUACAGUUAUCGGUACACACAGACAUCGGUCCCACUGGCAGCCCCUGCCUUGCUCAGGAACCCUGCCAGUUGACGACAUCAGUUUAAGGUGGCCAACGUCACUUGCGGUUAACCCUCUGGACGAGUCUCUUUACGUCCUGGACGACCACCACGUUUUAAGGCUUACGCAUGAUCGAAGGAUCAAAGUUGUUGCUGGUAGACCUCUGCACUGUCCACCUCAAGGUCCGGACUCUCCUUCUGAUCUUGCCACUCACACCACUCUGCGCUCCCCUCAAAGCUUAGCUUUCGCUUCCAACGGUGAUUUAUACAUUGCGGAGAGCGAUACCGAACGGUUGAACCGAGUGAGAGUCAUUGUAACUGAUGGGCUCAUUUCUGACUUUGCUGGUGCAGAAUCGAAGUGUAACUGUCGCGAAGAUUCCUGUUCAUGUUUCGAUGACUCGCACGUUCUCGCAGCUAACGCGAUAUUUUCGACGAUCUCCGCUGUUGCUGUCACCCCCGACGGUGUUGUGCAUGUCAUGGACCAGGGCAACCUCAGAGUCCGCUCGGUCACGUCGUCUCUACCGCAGCCAACACAACAGCGGCUUUAUGAGAUUUAUUCGCCUGAAUCUCAGGAAAUUUAUGUAUUCAAUCGAUUUGGUCACCACAUUGAAACUCGAAACAUCCCCACCGGUCGUACGCUGUAUUCAUUCGUGUAUAACGUCAACACCAGUAACGGGAAGCUGUCUUCAGUCACCGACGGUGCAGGUAACCGCGUCUCGUUCUUGCGGGACUACACCGGCCAAGUCACAAUGGUGGAAAACUCGCGGCAACAGAAAUGUCUUCUGAACAUGUCACGGAUGCGCAGACUCGAGCGGAUGGUCACUCCCGACGACCAUAACAUCACUUUAACGUACCACGGAGCGACAGGCUUGCUUCGAUCAUCCAUGGAUUCCGUUGGUCGUGCUCACGUAUAUUCAUAUGACAAUUAUGGUCGCCUCAUCCGAGCCGUUACGCCUUCUGGGCAACUCAUCGAACUCACCUUCGACCUGAGCAUCCGAGGAGCUCGAGUGACGGUCUCUCGUGAUGGAGGCUCCCCCAUCACUAUGCUUAUCAACGGGGCUAAAGUGACAGAGACAAUUGGCGAUGCAUCUAGCGUCACAGCGCUUUUGCCCGACGGUACUGUAGUGACCAAAUCCCCUUGGGAUCACCACAUCGCUACAGAGACCACGCCCUACCCACUCAUCGAUACCCCCACCAUCGCUAACUCGUUCCCAGUGCCCGGACGCCAGCGCACGGAGAUCGGGCAGGAGUUGGUCAACAGCUUCGAGUGGCGGUACUUUGUCGAGAGGAGUCGACUGGGCGAGAUCGUUAAGGUUGGGCGUCACAUGCGCGUCAACGGCGAAGACGUCCUAACGUUCAAGUACGACAUGACGUCUGCAACAGAAGCCGUAAUGAACCCAAUCGACGUACAACUUCUGAACGUCACAUAUGACUCAUUGGGUCGGCCCUUACGAUGGACUUUGGCGGGACCGUUCGCAUCGAUGCAGAUCACCUACGAUAGGUUCGGUCAGGUGGAACAGCGCGUCUGGGGCCACCACAAGGAAUCGUACGCCUACGAUAAGGACGGCCGACUCGAGAUCAUCACUUAUGCUGACGGAACCAAGAAGGAGUUUUCUUAUCUCGACGAUCGAAGAGUCAAGCCGUUCAAGAUGAGCAUUAAUGGGGGCAACGCUCAUUAUAUGGAACACGACAUCGGCGAAGCUCUAUCCUCUAUCACGACCCCCAAGGGCCACAAAUAUCUGUUCCGAUUGCAGCCCUCGGUGCUGCACAAUCGCUUCGUGUUCUCCCCUCCAAUUAUGCCUCGCCAUUAUUACCAACUGCUCUACUCGGAUGAGGGUCGCCUGCUGGCCGAGGUUCUGCCUUUGCAAGCGGGUCGAGUUGUCUACAAUUACGAUGAAGCUGGGCGUCUCCAGUUUCAGAUAUACGGCGACGGGUCGACGGAGUACGGGUAUCAACCUGAGACGGGAUUAUUAAGGUCUGUAACUGUACGCGAACUCGGUUACGAACAAAGGAUUGAGAACAAAUACCACGCAGGUCUUGUAAAAGAACAAAGGAUUCGAUUCGGUCCCGCUGACACCCUCCAUUCAGUGAAAGCUCGAUAUUUGUACGACGGAUAUGCGCGACCGAGGAGAGUAGAGAUGGAAAUAGACGGAAGUCAAAUCGCAAACUAUGAAACUUCGUACGAUGUUACUUUAGGUACGCUGGAAACUGUGCAGGAACUAAAAUUUACCAAAACAUAUCAUAAUAAAACUAUGGUCCAAGAUUCUCGAAAGACCUAUGUUCGAGUUUCCAGUUUUGAUGCCUAUGGGCGCAAGAUUGAAUCAUCCAUCACUGUGCGAGGCCGUCUAGUGCACAGAUCGCGCUAUAGUUACGACGCCCGCAACCGCGUUACCUCACACUCCAUCUGGAGAGGACCAGGCACGUCGGAAACAUCAACCAACUACACGUACACCCCGGUGGGUCAUCUCGAAACUGUUGAAGGGUCCAAAUCUUGGCAGUUUCGCUACGACGAAAAUGGCAAUAUGAUUGCCGUGAUCGAGAGUGGGCACACUGUGUUGGCAGAGUACGACGAAGCCGAUCGGCUCACUAACUGGGAAGGUGCGCCUCUGAACGUUUAUGAUUCUGCUGGUCGAUUGCUUCAACAGAAUGACAUGCAGUAUUCCUUCACUGCCAGAGGCAAUGUCCGUCAUGUGUGGAGAGAAGGAGUUUUCUUGACAACUCACCGGCACGAUCACAAAGGCAGACUUGUUGCCUGGCAGGACAAUAAAGGAAACUCUACGCAAUUUUUCUACACGAAUUUGAAGCAACCGGAUCUUCCCACUCACAUCCACGAUCCGGUUUCUCGCGAUACCACACUCAUGCUUUACGAUGAGCAAGGUCACCUCAUCGGUAUGCAGACUGAACGUGCUAAGUUUUGGGUCGCUGCAGACAACGUUGGCAGUCCAAUCGCCAUCUUUGAUGCUUCUGGAGUUUUGAUGAAAGAAAUCAAACGCUCACCUUGGGGGGCGAUCAUCGAGGAUACUCGACCAGACUUAUUGCUUCCUGUCGAUUUCCAAGGCGGCAUUCGAGACCCAAUCACCGGCAUGAUCAUUUUUGGGCUUAACAUGUACGAUCCCUUCCAUGGUCAGUGGUUGUCCCCGAGGUUUGACAGAAUUGCUGGGGCUUCUCGUGAUCCAUCGUCGGUCUACCUGCACCGGUUCGCAAAUAACGAUCCUGUGAACCCAAUGCACCUUAUUGACGCAUCUCCCAAAAAUUUGAAUAGAUGGUUGAAGAUGUUUGGAGUGGAUCUCGGGUCAAUGCUUGGGUCGAAGUACCACGACGAGACCUUAGGUAGGUGCGUGGACGGCCACACGCCCGCCGUCCUUAAGCCCGCCCUCUCGGUCAUAUCAGGAUUGUCUUGCUCUACUAAGGGCAUCGUCGAGGAAUUCUCACGGCCAUCAUUAGUUCCUAAGUCCGCCAUAAAAACAGACGAGCUUAUCACAUCGGAUUCUUUAACUCCCUUCUCGUCAGCCGGUCCAGUGUUGGGACCAGGAGUUAUGGUCUCCAGUCACGCAGGUCGAGCGCUCAUAACUCUCGUACCGUCCCGGGAAAAUUCUGUGGUGCAGGGAGUCGCGCGUGAUGUUCUCAACGGCUCAGCUCUGCUGGAGCUUACUUUGCCUCACCACAGACACCAUACUUUGUACCUCGUGAAGGAAGACGUCUCUUCGAGGCCUGAUGAUCUCCAGCAACUGCAGAGACUUUCGGGUCUUUUCAACGUGUCAGUGCACGAAGGGCAGCAUCCAGAGCUGCGCGUGACAGGAGGCGCAGCAUCUUUAGUCAUACUGUACGGCUCCUCAGCCACUGCGGCUCGCCAUCGACUUCUUCGACACGUCCAACGUCGCGCUGCUGAACACGCGUGGGCCGCUGAAGUCGAGAGAGUGAAACGAGGCGGUCCAGUUCUCCAUCCUUGGACUGAAGAAGAGAAACAAGAGCUUCUUCGCACCGGCGAGGUCUCAGGGUAUGCUGCUUCUGAACUUCAUCCAGUGCACAGAUUUCCUCUACUGGCUGACGAUGCAAGCAAUGUUGUUUUCCGACAUUCUGGCAGACGAAGAAGACGAGCUAGAUCACAUCCGACAUCGUGAUGGCCACCGGCCAACCUAGAUUAGAUUUGCAAAAACUACAUUGAAAGUUCUUACAAAUCACUAUGCGACUACCGCUAUAGUUACGUCUUUCUAAAUUUUACAUUUUUUAUGGUGUUGUUAGUAUACGAUUCGAUGGAGCUUUUGUGAACUAAUCUACAAUUAGCUGUAUAUAUAGACAAAAUCAUUAUGUACAAACAGGGUAUUUCUUAGCGUAUCGCCCUCCUGCCGAGGAUAAACUGCCGUGUGAUAAAAUGCUUCAGUUCCAUAAGCCUCAAAUCCAUCACGACCGACUGCCCCAUAUCCGUAUGGGGCAACCACUCACCGGUUAUCCACUCAUUGCCGUAUAGGAUGACAACCACUCACCGAUAACAAAUAUCAUGUCGCUUUUGUGGAUGGAGCAAACGUAUUAUAAGAUCUUUGCUUCAGGUAGAAGAUAUGUGCUCCUUUCCGUAUAAAAUCUAGAGUGGAAGUUGGAGUUAUCCCUCAAAUUGCACACCUGAAAAAUGAACGAAUUUUAGUCUAUACUAAAAAAAUGAAAGAGAUCAAGAAAUUCCUUAAGUUGUGUGGGAUAGAUUAUGAUCAUAAGUUUAUUACAACUUUUUCAUGGCUUGAUAACGUUGCAGUUAAUGUUCAAUCAGUUCAUUGUAACUUAAUGUUACUCAUUUACGGUUGAGAACUCGCAAGUUUAGGAGGCGAACAGCAUCGCUUUAGUGGCCAAGAAGUUCUCAUUGACGAAAAUUGAAGAACAGGUCUGAAUUGAAGGAAAUAUGUUACGAAAUGAGUGGAUGACAUUAAGUGUUUAGUCACAAAAGUGGUGAAAUAUCAACUAAUUUUAUACUUCAAGUUUGAAUAUAUGAAUCGCUCUAGGUGGGAAAAUCCCGUGAAAAUGAAUCUAACCUUCUCUUUAUUUGGUUGGGUCAGUCUGUCUCUGAGUACACGAGUAUGUUGUCCGAUAAGGUUAAUGUUGUAUGGGGUAUUUCUAAUAAACGUUUCAUUCCUUCGAAA